AAUACCUAGUUAGUACUGAUUGAGUAUUAUUUAGGAAACUAUCUCUUGAUUUACAGAGAAAGUGUAACUAUGGGGAAGUACGUGAGAAGGGGUAGGGUGGCGUGUGUGAUAGUGUUACUGAUGUCGACUCAAGUUUUGGGAAUAUUAUCUGGUACAGAUGGUCAUGACAGUGGCAAAAACCGACGUCAAAAACAUGGAGGACACGGUGAUGGUGCUGGUGCUGGUGCCGGUGGAGGUGGUAUAGCCUAUACCGUGCCAAAGUCAAUGACGGCUGGAGGCGGAGUCGAUGGUGGUGCUAGCGGUGGCAUUGGAGUUGGAUGUGGAAUUGGCGGAGGGGGAGGUAUAGGCGGUGGUGGUGGUGACGGAGGUGCAGGUGGUGGAAGUGGAAUUGGCGGAGGAGGAGGAAUAGGCGGUGGUGGUGGUGACGGAGGUGCAGGUGGAGGAAGUGGAGCCGGAGGAGGAGCUGGUGGUGGUAUUGGAGGUGGUAGGGAGGGAGCAGCUGGUGGUGGAGGAGGUAAUGGAGGAAAUAGCGGUGGAGGAGGUAGUGGCGGUGGAGGUGGCCGCGGUGGUCGAGGUGGCGGUAAUGGUGGAGAAGGAGGUGCAGGUGGUGAUGGCGGAAUUGGAGGAGGCGGACGUUGUAAUAUUGGUCGAGGAGGACGCGGUAGUGGACGUUCGGGUAGAAGUGGAGGGGGCAGUGUUGGUGGAGGUAGACGUAGUGGUGGACAAGGUAGUGGUGGAGGAGGUAUAGGAGGCAGUGGUGGUAGUGUACGAGGUGUAGUUGGCGGAGGUGACAAUGGUACUAUUGGAGGUGGUGCUGGAGGAGGUGUUCGAGGAGGUGCACGUGGUAAUGUUGGUGGAGGGGGUCGUGGUAACCGACUUGGCAGUGGUGUUAGAGGCGGAGGAGGACUUGGAGGCGGUGUAGGAGGCGGGGCAAAUGUUGGUGGAGGAGUUGGUGGUGCAGGUGAAGGAGUUGGUAGUGACCGACGACACUAAUUGGAAAUGGCGGUGACCGUAGCAGCACUCACUGUAUAAAAACCGACAACAUAAAACAUAGUUUGCAUG